UAAGUGAUAAAACCAAGGAGGAGAGAUAACAAUUCACUGCUUUUAUUUGGUAGCAUCAGGUGACGACAUCAGAGGACAGACAGUCAAAGUUCGAGAAUUAGUGAUCAACAUCCUGGUGGAAGUGAUACGCCAAAUCAACGAAAGUGUCUAUUGACGAUCACAACAUGAGUAAACAAUCGGCAACACCCAUGUAUCAGUCGUCCGAUCCACAAUUGGUUUGGCAUAGGGAAUGUGAUGUAGCAAAAGAAGAUUUUGUCGCUACCUGGUCAUCAGGAUAUCAAAGGGAUAGUUUGUCCAGAUUGAAUUCUCUACUGAUUUGGCCUGAUGAAGUGGAGGCUGUUGGUCCCCGAAUUAAAGAGUUGCGCAAUCAGACGAAAUUUUGUUCAGCACAUCUUGUUGAAGAAGUUGUAAAGUACAAGGAUCAACUGGAUGAAAUUCUCGUUGACGUGAAUCUUUCAAGUCUUCGACGAUCUAAUCCCCAUCAAUCGAUGGCAAGUGGGAUUUUUAACAACCGUGACGGAAUACCAGUGGCUAAUAUCGAUUCUAUAUUCAAUGGAAUGUUUAGAGAUGCCGCUAAUCAGGAUGAAAUUUUAUACUUCGCGGAAAUUUGCUCGGUAUCCUGUGGCUUUUCAGAAUACAUUUUAUGGCGGAGGUGUUAUCCCUUUUAUCCCCUUGAUUCCUCACGGAACAAUGAGUCUAAUGAUGAUGAUGAUGAUCGCAGUUGUAGAAGCUGGAAUUCAAGUAAACAGCCGGUGCUUUCUGCUAAAGGAUUCUGGUUUACUUCGUCCAUUGCUGGAAGAAAAAUGAAUAGUGAUGUUGCUCCAAUGGUAGCCUGCAGGCCAUGCUCCGGUGAUAUCGCGAAAUGGUUUGAUUUGAAGUCGUUCGCUUCCUUGAUUAGUCGUGGUUCGAACGGUGUUGGUGUCCAUGUGGUGUUUGCAGGCUGGCGCUUAUCUCUUGAUGAAGUGCAGAGUAAACGGACUUUUGUGUGUCAGUGUUUGUGCGCUCUGACAAUUUUAAGACCGGGUGGUCAUUUUCUUAUGGAAUUAUCCGAUACACUCACGGAGUUCACCGCUGGUCUUAUCUAUAUAAUGGGACAUUUAUUUGAAGAGAUUUUCAUCGUCAAACCUAUAGCUUGCAGUCAAUCACAUUCCAUAAGUGUGUCAUUUAGAUUUAGAUUAUUGGUAUGCAGAAGUCUACGAACGGAACUGACUUCAAUGGCUGGUUGCAAGCCACCUUCACCGCCACCUCGAGUGAACUGUGAUCGUGAAUGUGUGAGCAAGCAUCAGAAGACAGUGGCCGGUGGUUCACAGAAGUCACACAAAUUUGAAGCCUGUAAAAAUGAAGCCAUAACAAAGCAAAGAAUUAUGAAGACUACAACAGCGACACAUUUGAAUGACGCUGGAGCUAAUGAUGAUUACAAAAACGGGUCAACUCCACUUUCACUUGUCAUCAAGUAUCUUAAACAAGUCAGUGAAAAAUUGAAAUAUAUAAUGGCAUCACGUGAUUGUAAGAUUGAUAUAUUAAGAAUGUGUCGGAGUGAAAUUAUGGAAGGUGAUGACAAGUUCAUGCGUUUCAUGCGAAAUAUGAAUGAAAAAAUUAUAAUUCGUCAGUGUAUCGCGAUGUCUAAAGUGAUCGCAUUUGCACAAGAUUCACGUCUUGACGAACUUAGUCGAUGUGGUUUAGCAUAUUCAUGCUUAAUGAAAUGGAAGAUUCCCCAUCAGUCUGAGUUUGACUGGCCUGAAAUCUGUCCAGAGGAACUUUUACGUCUUUAUCUAGUAAUGACUGAUGAGUUUCUCACCUGUUCUGAACCACUACCUGCCCAAUAUCAUCCAUCUAUGCGACUGACUUCACUGAGGAAAACGCAUGAUAUAAUGAAUAGGUUGAUGAGCUUUACUGGGCGUCGAAUUGGAUUGGUUUGCGGCAGCCCGUCAUUGACUUCAACAGGUGCACCUGCUCAACCGAUGUUGAUUUUCUCAAACGGUAGGAAACAUCGGCCUCAGCUUGAGAAAUGCACUGUGGAUGGUUAUCAAUGGGCGAAUUUAAGUGAAAUGAUACCAGGAUUACAACCUCGACUCCCAGCUGCAACGGUGGUCUGGGGACAAGCAAUUAAUGAGAUUUGUUUGAAGACUGGAUCAGAAAAACCCGCACUGUUUGUUUACGAUGUUCUUUGCAUAUAUGGUCGUGAUUGUCGUCGAUUGGGUUAUCGAAAUCGGAUGAAACUUGCAGAGCGGAUGGCGAAUGUAGUCAAUUUUCCUGAUAUGGAAGCAUCGAAUAUUCGUACUGCACCGUUGGUGAAUUUAUCACGACUUGAAGAUUACAUGAAUGGACUUCGUCUUUUCCCUAUAAGAAAUUCUGGGCAACAUGUUCCAAUGCAUUGUUUCCCUGAUGGUUUCGCAUUCCAACCACACUCUUUAUUGUUAGUUGAACAUUUGAAAAAGAAUUGGUUGGAAACAGUCAAUCAAAAUACUGGUAAACUGCAGUACUUCAAUCGACUCACCUUAGAGUGUACUUCUCAUUUACCUGAUAGUGAACAGCUAACAUUUGCUGAAACACAAUACACGCAAUUACCUGUGAAAGCAGAAGACGAGAGUUGUACGGAUGUCAUGGCUUUUGUCGGACAAAUUGAAAAGAUGAAGGUUCUUCUCGACUGA